UUAGUGUAAAAAAAAAAAAAAAGUACACACACUAAAAACACCAACAAAAAAACACACACACACUUGAUCAUCAUCGAGUUUAAAUUACUCGAUCGUUUGUGUAAUUAGUGUGUGCAUUUUGUUUUAUUAAAUGCGUGUUUUGUAAAUAGGAAUUUAAGGAAAUUAAAAAAAAAAAGCCCUAAUUCAAUGGAACUGUACGGACGAAGAAAUGGAGAUCAUAAUCAUCAACAGUCUGAAUGGAUACAACAUCAACAACAACCACCCGGUGGUCCGGAUACUGGACUCGAAGAAUCGAUGAGACGGUUGGGGUUGCUAGGGGGAAGAGGAGGAGGUGAGUAUUAUCCAGAGAGACCAGGAAUGGCCGAUUGUGCUUAUUAUAUGAGAACUGGAACUUGUGGGUAUGGAAACAAGUGCAGAUAUAAUCACCCUCCUGAUCGUGGUACCUCGGCUGGGGGAGGUGCAAGAAUCGCUGCAGUAGGAGCUUACCCGGAACGACCAGGAGAGCCUCCUUGCCAGUAUUAUUUAAGAACAGGCACCUGUAAGUUUGGUGCAUCCUGCAAGUUUCACCAUCCUAGACAUGCGGGUGGAUCAUUAAGUAACGUGCCACUAAAUACUUACGGAUAUCCAUUAAGACCGGAUGAGAAAGAGUGCUCCUACUAUUUGAAAACGGGGCAGUGCAAAUUUGGUAUAACUUGUAAAUUCCAUCACCCUCAACCAACUGGCGAAUCUGUGCCGCCAGCAUCUGCACGUCCAUUUUAUUCAACAGUGCAGUCUCCUUCAGCGCCUUCACCUGAACAAUAUGCUGGUCCAUCAGCUGGCUAUCGGGUUGCUAGACCUCCACUAGCACCCGGUUCAUAUCCACCAGGUGCUUAUGGUCCCAUAUUACUUUCACCUGGCAUGGUUCCCUUACCAAAUUGGAGUCCUUACUCGGGACGUGUAAGCCCGGUCCUGUCUCCGGGUGCCCAACCUUCUGUAUAUGGAGUAAAUACUUCAGCUCCCCCUUUUGCAGCUCAAUAUCGUCCUAUGACACCCUCUCCUGGCCCGAUAAGUAGUAGCCAAACUGAAAGAGUGUUUCCAGAGAGGCCCGGUCAACCCGAAUGUCAGUACUACAUGAAAACUGGUGAUUGUAAGUUUGGGGCUUCUUGUAAGUAUCACCAUCCUCCAGAUUGGGCUAUAGCAAAGGAUAAUUGUAUGCUCAGCCCCAUGGGGCUCCCUCUGCGUCCGGGGGUGGAGCCUUGCAACUUUUACAUGCAAAAUGGACACUGCAAAUUCGGCCGCACCUGCAAAUUUGACCAUCCACUUCCAGCUGGUGAACUUGGCUAUGGACCAUCUGAAAUACCAAUUGCACCAUAUAUGACCAUGGCUCCUUCAGGUUCAUACUCAGAAAGGUCCAAAGUGGACCCUCAUUCAAGUAGUUCAGUAGGUUUGAUGUAUCCGCAGGGUCAACCAGGAUCCUCGGGUGACAUGCAGCUCUCUAGUCAAAGUCAAAGUUCUCCUCAAACAAGGUAGUGGAAGAGUUGGUGAUUUAGGUUAUUCGGGUUUCCACGCGCUGCAUUUUUCAGGUGUUACAUAGCAAGUAAGAUAUAUAUAAAUAUGAAGUGUGUUGUAUGAAGUAUGUCGUCAUGUUUAUCAAGCAUCAUUUAUAUUAAUUUAAUAUUAUAUAUAUAUAGAUAUAUUUAUGUAUAGCAAGUAUCUAUUGCUUCGACUUUGGGCUUUGUAAGUUGAAAUUUAUGACACUUUGGUUGCAUUUAAUGAUUCAAUCUGAAAUGGGAAUAAAAGGA